AGCGGCAGCCUCCUCCUCCUCCCGGCCGCAGCCCGAGCCUCACAGCCGAAGCUAACUUCCAGAGCAGGAGUCCUCAGAGCUGGGCCAGGGGGAUGAACUGCGAGGGCGCGUCCGGGAAGAGUCCGGAGGAGAUGUACAUCCAGCAGAAGGUCCGGGUGCUGCUCAUGCUGAGGAAGAUGGGCUCAAACCUGACGGCCAGCGAGGAGGAGUUCCUGCGCACCUACGCGGGCGUGGCCAGCAGCCAGCUCAGCCAGCUGCCCCAGCACGCCAUCGACCAGGUUAACAAGCACAAACCCUGGCUGGAGCCCACCUACCACGGGAUCGUGACCGAGAAUGACAACACAGUGCUGCUCGACCCGCCCCUCAUCGCACUGGAUAAGGAUGCGCCUCUGCGCUUUGCAGAGAGUUUUGAGGUGACAGUCACCAAAGAAGGUGAGAUUUGUGGCUUUAAAAUUCAUGGGCAGAAUGUCCCCUUUGACGCAGUGGUCGUGGAUAAGUCCACUGGCGAGGGGAUAAUUCGCUCCAAGGAGAAACUGGACUGUGAGCUGCAGAAAGACUACACGUUCACCAUCCAGGCCUACGACUGCGGGAAGGGCCCUGACGGCACCGGCGUGAAGAAGUCUCAUAAAGCAACGGUCCACAUCCAGGUGAAUGACGUGAAUGAGUAUGCACCCGUGUUCAAGGAGAAGUCCUACAAGGCAACGGUCACCGAGGGCAGGCAGUAUGACAGCAUCCUGCGCGUGGAAGCCGUGGACGCAGACUGCUCCCCUCAGUUCAGCCAGAUCUGCAGCUAUGAGAUCGUCACUCCAGACAUGCCCUUCGCUGUGGACAAAGAUGGUUAUAUAAGGAACACCGAGAAGCUGAACUACGGGAAAGAACGGCAGUAUAAGCUGAGCAUCACGGCCUAUGACUGUGGGAAGAAGAGGGCCACCGAGGACGUUCUGGUGAAGAUCAGCAUCAAGCCCACCUGCACACCUGGGUGGCAAGGCUGGAGUAACAGGGUGGAGUACGAGCCCGGCACCGGCGCUCUGGCUGUCUUCCCCAACAUCCACCUGGAGACGUGUGAUGAGCCAGUGGCCUCGGUGCAAGCCAUAGUGGAGCUGGAGACCAGCCACAUCGGGAAAGGCUGCGACCGAGACACCUACUCUGAGAAGUCCCUCCACAGGCUCUGCGGGGCUGCUGCGGGCACUGCCGAGCUGCUUCCUUCCCCCAGCAGCUCCUUGAACUGGACCAUCGGCCUCCCCACUGACAACGGCCAUGACAGCGACCAGGUCUUUGAGUUCAAUGGCACCCAGGCAGUGAGGAUUCCUGAUGGUGUCGUUUCCAUCAACCCUAAGGAGCCCUUCACGAUUUCCGUGUGGAUGAGGCACGGACCUUUCGGCAGGAAGAAGGAGACAAUUGUUUGCAGUUCGGACAAGACGGAUAUGAACCGACAUCAUUACUCACUCUACAUCCAUGGGUGCAGGCUGAUUUUCCUCCUCCGUCAGGAUCCUUCCGAGGAGAAGAAAUACAAACCUGCAGAAUUCCACUGGAAGUUGAAUCAGGUCUGCGACGAGGAAUGGCACCACUUUGUCCUCAACGUGGAGCUCCCAAGUGUGACUCUGUAUGUGGAUGGCGUUUCCCACGAGCCCUUCUCUGUGACUGAGGAUUACCCGCUUCAUCCGUCCAAGCUAGACACCCAGCUCGUGGUUGGGGCUUGCUGGCAAGAGUAUUCAGGAGUUGAAAGUGACAAUGACACUGAGCCUGUGACUGUGGCCUCCGCAGGUGGCGACCUGCACAUGACCCAGUUUUUCCGAGGGAACCUGGCUGGCCUAACAGUCCGCUCGGGGAAACUCGCAGACAAGAAGGUGAUCGACUGUCUGUACACCUGCAAAGAGGGGCUGGACCUGCAGGUCCCCGAGGAGAGCAGGGGUGUGCAGAUCCGAGCAAGCCCCAGCCAGUCAGUGUUGACCUUGGAGGGCGACGACAUUGGGGAGCUCGACAAGGCCAUGCAGCACCUGUCCUACCUGAACUCGAGGCAGUUCCCCACGCCAGGCAUCCGGAGACUCAGGAUCACCAGCACGGUCAAGUGCUUUAACGAGGCCACCGCCUGCAUCGAGGUCCCCACCGUCGAGGGCUACGUGAUGGUUUUGCAGCCUGAAGAGCCCAAGAUCAGCCUGAGCGGCAUCCACCAUUUUGCCCGAGCGGCCUCUGAGUUUGAGAGCUCCGAAGGGGUCUUCCUGUUCCCCGAGCUUCGGAUCAUCAGCACCAUCACGAGGGAGGUGGAGCCCGAGGGGGAUGGGCCUGAGGACCCCACAGUCCAAGAGUCCCUGGUAUCCGAGGAGGUCGUGCAUGACCUGGACACCUGCGAGGUCACAGUGGAGGGAGAGGAGCUGAACCCGGAGCAGGAGAGCCUAGAGGUGGAUGCAGGCCGGCUGCAGCAGAAGGGCAUCGAAGUGAGCGGCUCGGACCUGGGCGUGGUCCUCAGAGGCGUCAAUACCAUGGCCAGCUAUGAGGAGGUGUUGCACCUCCUGCGCUAUCGGAACUGGCACACCAGCUCCCUGCUUGACCGGAAGUUCAAGCUCAUCUGCUCCGAGCUGAAUGGCCGCUACCUGAGCAACGAGUUUAAGGUGGAGGUGAAUGUGAUCCACACGGCCAACCCCGUGGAACACGCCAACCACAUGGCCGCCCAGCCACAGUUUGUUCACCCUGAGCAUCGCUCCUUUGUGGACCUGUCGGGUCACAACCUGGCCAAUCCUCACCCGUUCGCAGUUGUGCCCAGCACCGCCACUGUGGUGAUUGUGGUGUGCGUCAGCUUCCUGGUGUUCAUGAUCAUCUUGGGCGUGUUCCGGAUCCGGGCUGCACAUCAGCGCACAAUGCGGGACCAGGACACGGGGAAGGAGAACGAGAUGGACUGGGACGACUCGGCCUUGACCAUUACAGUGAACCCCAUGGAGACAUAUGAGGACCAGCACAGCAGCGAGGAGGAGGAGGAGGAAGAGGAGGAAGAAGAGAGCGAGGAUGGGGAGGAGGAAGAGGACGUCACCAGCGCCGAGUCGGAGAGCAGCGAGGAGGAGGAGGGCGGCCUGGGCGACGGCCAGAACGCCACCCGGCAGCAGCAGCUGGAGUGGGACGAUUCCACACUCAGCUACUGACCCCACCGCGCCCCAACCCCGAGACUCUGCCCCCAGCCCCGCGGGUCCGCGAUGUACAAAGUCCUUGGCCAGCAGGUCUGCAGACCCCGCCCCGCUCGUGCUUCGUGUUAGGACCGUAGCUCUGCCCUCGUCCGCCCGCGUCUGCCCGCUGCUGCUCAGUGUCCAGAGCCACAAGUCUUCCUGCUGCUCCCGCCCGCCGGCAGGGCCCCGCGGGGCCAGGGCCAGGGCCACGUGUGUCCGCGUCCGCUGCCGGCCCGAGGGCUCUGGCUCCCGCACCUCCAGAAACGCUGCAAUGACUGGACUUGGUGACAAGGGGGGAAAAUCGCUCACUUCCACCUGGUAAUCAGUUUUUUUUUUUAAAGUUUUUAUUUUUUCCAAACUAGUGCAUGUAUAAAGUGGCAGAAUGGGGGUUAACAUGUAGAUGGUCAAUGACUUUUUAAUAUUUUGUAAAUAAAUCGGGAUUCUCUGUGUCCUUCGUGCUAGUGUAGUCCAGGACUGGAAUGUAAGGGACGCUGAGCACACCGGGCGUGGGGUCCUGGCUGCUGCUCAGGGGACCCGACCCGGGACCCUCCCUGGAGGCGGGGAUGGCCAGGCCUUUGCUGUGGAGUUCUGGCCUUGGGGUUGCGGCUCGGCCUCUCCCUGCCGGACUCAGCGGCGCAGCUGUGCCCUUCGUGCUGAGCAGACGUUGUUUCCCGGCCAGUCGUGCAUGUAAACCGCAGAGGCCACAGCUGCCGUACACAACGGCGCCACUUGGUUUGGAGACGGCCACGGGCCCGAGGGAGCCGCGCGCAGUGUCCCCAAACCACCUGUACCCGCCCUCCUCCCGCCCCGCCCUCGCCUCUGCCCCUGGAGUCCUCCUGGACGCCUUCUGUGACCUCGCUGCUGCUGGUGGGGAGGACAGGAUGCCGUGCCAGCCAUGUGGCCGCCCCGCCAUGUCCUGCCCCCGCAGCUGUGUGACCAGUGGGUGGACGUCCCGCAGAAGCCCUUCUGUGUCUGCAGUGCCCGGUGUCCUUCAGAAGUGUAUAUUGGCACUAGGUCGGAAAGUGUGUGCACUACAAUAAAGUUCUGGUCUAACUCUG